GUAAAAAUGGUCGAGGUUAUGAUGCGAUUUGCAUUUGUUUGACGAUAAUAAAUAAACGCGAGUUGCUUAAGCAAAACUAAUAAAAUCCUCAACUGGACAAGUUUUAGUGUCGAGUGGGAGAAUUAAGUGCCGGUGAUGGAUCACCCGAGUCACGUGAAAAGCCAGAGGAAGAGUUACGAUACGGACGAUGAUUUUGCCAUGAUGAAGAGGAUUAAGAUGGAGCCGGAGACGAUGUUGACACAGGACGACGAUAUCAUGGCUCAGCUCCACCAGGAGAGCUCGGACCUCGAGGUCGAGCCGAGUUUUGCAUUGGAGAGCAACAAUGGGGAAGAGAGCACUGAGGGGGUGCUCAUGCAGCAUAUGGAUAUCAGAGAGCCUCUCUCCACUCUGAGGAAUUUACUGGAGCAGAGGCUCGGGGUGGAGCUGACUGACUACUCUUUCUGGCUGCAAGAUGCACAAAUGCUGGAGAGUCAUAAAAAUUUAGUGGACCAAUGUGUCCAAGGCGAAGGUCUGGUCCAGGUUAAUGUCCAGAUAAAAGCACCCCAGAGAAGGAUAAAUAUAGUGGAUGUGCUGAAACCAGCUGAGGACUACGUAGAGAUUCCGGAGGCAGCUCCAGUCGCUCCACAGCCGGAUAAUAAACAGAACGUAAUCAGGUGGCUGGUGGAUGCUCAAUAUAAACAGGAACAGGAGCGUUUGAAGAUCCCGGCGGACCCCAAGAACUGGACACAGACACAUGUGAAGCACUGGCUACAGUGGGCAGUGAGACAAUUCAACUUGGUUUCCCUCAGAUUGGCUGAUUGGAACAUAACUGGGGCGCAAUUGUGCGAUCUUACGUUGGAGGAGUUCCAGGCUAAAGUUCCUCUGGACCCUGGUGAGGUCUUUUGGACACAUCUGGAACUGUUGAGACAAUGUAAAAUUGUUGCUGUCGUACAAAAAGAGCCGAAAUUGGAAGACCUGUCAGACGAAAAAUCCAUAAAAAUGCGUACCAAUGCAAAGCCAUCAAAAGCUCGUGUGAUGAGUCAGCACACGCGACUAGUAGGUGUACCAGUGCAAGAGUCAUCUCAUACACCACUAAUAACAUCAAGUCGUACAGUGAACAGCGGACAAAUUCAGCUGUGGCAGUUUUUACUCGAAUUACUGACAGAUCGUGAGCACAGAGAUGCCAUCAGAUGGGUGGGAAGUGAUGGGGAAUUCAAGCUGAAUCAGCCGGAAGCUGUGGCACAACUGUGGGGGGCACGUAAGAACAAACCCUCCAUGAAUUACGAAAAAUUGAGUCGUGCACUGAGGUAUUAUUACGACGGAGAUAUGAUUUCCAAGGUUCAUGGAAAGAGAUUCGUUUAUAAAUUUGUUUGUGAUUUGAAGCAACUCCUUGGCUAUUCGGCUGCUGAGCUCAGCAGAUUGGUUGAAGAGGGCAAGAGAUAUUUUUGAUUAAUUUUGUCCCUGUGUUUUAUUAUUGAGUGGUAAUUCAUCAAAUUAUUAGGGAAGUGGUUAAACUUGACAGGUCUCUUUUUCACAUAUGAAUUAUCUCGGUAAUGAGAGAUUUUAGAGGACAAUUUUGAGAUAUUUUUUACUGAAAAUUUCCUCAAUUGCGAAUAAAAUCUGCUGGCAUGCGUUUCAUGCUUAUUUUUUUAAUCAAUUAAUUUUUCCCAUCUGUUUUCAACAUUUUAUGAAUUAUAGAAAACAUCUCUUGAUUUUUUUUCUAAAAUCCCUCGUCUUAAAGAUUAAUGUACAAUCAAUAAUGAUUUUGUACUUAUUUUUUGAUUGGAUGAAUUUUUUCAUUUCUCUGGGAUUUCUAAAUUAUUACAAUCAGGUGUAAUCUUGAGAGAAAGUGUCAAAAGAUAUUUUUAGUUGAACAUUUCCUCCUAAAAUUACUACUUUUCACAGUUACAUGAAAUGUCGGAUUCGAUUAAUAACAGAUUACCACUUCGAUUCUGAAAUCAAUUGAAUUUUUUUGGUUGAUGAUUAUAAUUAGUUAUCUAAAUGAGAGCAUCACAAACUCAGCCACCUGCUCAACAAUUGUUCGGAGGGGUGCAGUAUCCAUUGCAUUUGUGUACUUUUAUAUUAUUCUAAUACAUCUGCAAGUUAAAAAUGUUUUAAAGCUAGGAAUAAGUAUGGAAUAAUUACAAUAUUUUCACUCUUUAUGCUUUGUUUCUUUCGUUUUUAUGUUACGCUGGGUUUUUUCGUUUCUUGUAAAUAAUAAACAUCAAAUAGAAUAAGGACUUGGAUAAAUAACA